AUGGGUUCCACAUGUUCGACCCCAUCAUAUCCCGACCCAGUUCAUAAUAUUCCUACUAUCCCAAAAACUCCCUUCGGGCCUCUACCGGUUUAUAAACAACAACCAAAACAUGCAGACGUCAUUGAACAAUCGGACGUCGAUCCUGAUCAGAAGGAACAAAGUGAUACUGGCGUGACCGCCGAAUCAACUCCACCAGAUUCGCUGGAACAGAAAGAAGAGGAAAUUACCACUGAGGAAGAUGGCGUUGCUCAAGACUCACCACCGGCGUCAUCCGUACCAAAUGCUCCAGAGUGUGAGUGA